UUAAAGGCACGUUAGCUCUCAGCAAAACCAUUUUUUUCAUCGUUAAAAGAGUAAAAUAUGCGAUUCAGACAUGUGUAACUAGUGAUUGUGUAUACAAUCAUCGAGAUUAGCAGCUCUGCAACGCCACGAAUUAAUAUAUUAUCAUUCAUACAUUCCACAACAUUGUUUACAAAAUUUAACCCAAAUAUAGCUUCGUCAAUAUUACGAGUCUUUCCGGAGAAUCUCCGUAUAUUUACGCUUACACGCAGAAAAUGAUGACGUCAGACUGAAGAGCACACUUCCGCAAAAAAAUCAAAACAACAUGUCAUCUACGUCGUCGUCUUCUACUGGAUCAGAACUUUCUGUCCCAUCAGACAGAGGGUUUCCAAGUGCAAGGGGAAGAGGUAACAGAGGAAGAGCACCCAGAGGUAGAGGUCGAGGAAGAGGUCAGGGUAAAGGAAGAGGGAAAGGAAGGGCAAGGGGGAGAGGACGAGGGCAAACAGGAACAAGUGAGACUAGAGCAGAUGUUGCUCUUCAUAUUCUUGAGACAAGAAAGGAACGCUUCAUGAAUGCUUUGGAUGAAAUGUCAAAAGAGAGGAUGAGGGAGUUGCUCGUGGAGGCAAUGGAAAAGAGCCCUUCCUUGAUUCUUGAUGUAUUUGAACCACAAGAGUCUCAGUUUGGUGGUUUUCAUCCCCCAGCUGGAAAUGACACACCAGAUUGGUGUACCUGCAAUCACUGCAGAGAGAUGCCAACCGAAGAUGAAAAACUAUGUUGUGGCAUGAUGCCAGAGCAGUGUGUAUCAUUAUUACCAGAUUUCAGAGUUCUCAUUUUGGACGAGGCGGUCCUUGCAUUACAACGCAUGUACAGGAGGGAUGUCCUCGUGAUAGAUGAUGAGGCUGAUCUCAGAAAGGCCAACAGACAUGCUGCAUAUAGACAAUAUGUACUUUGGCAACAUGGACGUUUGAGUGUAGGUGACAGGAGGGUUAUACCUUCAUGUAGUGUAUGGUCUAUAAGAGACAAAUACCCGGAUGCCUUUGGGCAGUAUACUGGUUUCAUACCAUCAAGACUUGUUUGAAAUUAAAAACCUGUUGUUAUAGGUAGUACAAAACUUAUAUGCAUGUUAAAAGAUUAUCAAAUCAGCUUGAGUUUGUGUCAACUGAAUUGAAACAAUCUUGGGUUCACAUUUAUGAAGUCAGUUUUAUUCUUUCUGAUGUUAUUUUCUAAAUCAUUUUUUAUGUAGUACAGCUAAAUCAGUACCUGUUGGUUCUGACAAUAUGUUAAUAAACAUAUUUAAAAUUUAUAUAAGCUGCAUUAUGAUGAAAGCAUGAAGCUCAUUUUGGUAACUCAAGUUCAAUUUGUUGUCUAUGAAGAAACAUAACCAUUAACAAAGUCGGUUUGAACUCCUGCUCCUAAGGUGAGGGGUUGACACCAAAACCUCCAGGUCACAACUCCCUUUUAUGUAUUGGACACUUUCAUUUACAUUGUACUCAGAAGACAUUUAAACUUCUAUACUGCUACAUGUUUACCAUAAGUAAGAAGAAGAUUUAUAUGAUUUUCAAAAAUAAAUGUCUUAGGUUACUUUCAUGGGCUUUGUUUCAUGCCUACAAGGGUAUAAAAAUAACUAUGUCCAUUCGAAAUAUUUAGGCUCAUAACUUCUGUUCUAUGUAAAGUCAUCAUGAUAGAGGCAAAACCAUGUAUGGAGGUAAAAUACCAAUAUGAGCCGCGUCACGACAAAACCAACAUAAUGGGUUUGCAACCAGCAUGGAUCCAGACCAGCCUGCGCAUCUGCGCAGUCUGAUCAGGAUCCAUGCUGUUUGCUAUCAGUUUCUCUACUUUAAAAGAGUUGGUAAGCGAACAGCAUGGAUCCUGAUCAGACUGCGCGGAUGCGCAGGCUGGUCUGUAUCCAUGCUGGUCGCAAACCCGUUAUGUUGGUUUUGUCAUGACGCGGCUCAUAUGUACAUUUUUUGUGCCUGGUCAAUCAUCUGUAUGUUUUGAAAAUACUUGUCACAGAUGUUGAAAACUAGCACAAGACACUGUUUUUUAAGUUCAUUUUACUUAUCAAGAAUAUUCCUUGGGACAUCAAAGUGUAUGACUGAAAUGUUUACACCCACAAUAUAACAAAAUAUUGAAUACACAUUCAGAAUAGUCAAAUAUUUUAUUGAGCAUUUUUAUUAUAAAACUGUAAAAAGGAACAAUAUGUUUAUGCAAAAUUAUUUCUUUCACGUCUUUUUUAGUUCAUGCAACCAUGAUGCAGGAAAUAUACAGUUUGCUAUAAAAAAAACAUCAAUUAGAAUAUUUUCUUCAAUAAAAAUGUUGAUAAUUUUCUUUAACAGGUUUGUUGUGAAAGAGUAAACAUAAUUAAUGAUUUAGAGAUAAAAAAAUAAUUGCAAACAUAAUUAUUACUUCUACAAGAAAUACAUAAUACUAAUAACUAAUAGAUAAACAGAUAACAAAUAAUGAUUUCUUUAUUUUGUCUCAUGUAUAAUUCUGAAAUAAAGUUGUAGUACACGUA